CCAAUAGUUUUUGGUCCCGAUGGUGAAACUUUUACGGGGUAGACUAUAAAUUGCGCAACUAAACCAUAAUCAAUUAGACCUUAAAUUGAUAAUCCCUCUUUCAAAUUUCUGUGUUUUUGUCUCUUGUAUUACUAUUCUGGGACUUGCUUGGAAAUUAAAAUGGGAGAAGAAGUAGAAUGGCCGGUAAUCGGAAUUGAUCUUGGUACUGCCUAUUCUUGCGUCGCUGUUUGGGAUCGUAAUCGGGUUGAAGUUAUAGCUAAUGAUCAGGGUAAUCGUAUAACACCAUCUUGGGUCGCGUUUACUGACACCUGUCGGCUUGUUGGUGAUGGCGCGUUGAAUCAACGCUCCACUAAUCCCACCAAUACUAUCUUUGAUGCAAAGAGGCUUAUUGGUAGAAGAUUCAACGACGAAAGUGUACAAAAAGACAUGAAACUAUGGCCUUUUAAGGUCAUUGCUGGUCCUGGUUCCGGCAACGAACAAAAGACAAUGAUUGCAGUAACAUUCAAGGGUGAAGAAAAGCAAUAUUCCAUAGAAGAGGUUUCAUCGAUGGUCCUUAUGAAGAUGAAGGAAACUGCAGAAGCUUAUCUUGGCAUAACCGUAAAUAACGCAGUUGUCACUGUACCUGCCUAUUUCAACGAUUCUCAACGUCAAGCAACUAAAGAUGCGGGUACCAUUGCCGGGCUCAACGUGGCCCGUAUUAUAAACGAGCCAACAGCAGCUGCUAUUGCUUUCGGUCUCAACAAGAAUAAUUCGAGUAACUUCAAUUCGAAUGCAUUGAUCUUCGAUCUUGGUGCGGGUACUUUUGAUGUCUCGAUAGUGUCUAUAAGUAGGGAUGUCAUUCGAGUGAGGGCGGUAGGUGGUGACACACACCUUGGCGGGGGUGAUUUCGACAACAGAGUAGUGAGUCAUUUGGUGGAGGAGUUUAAGAGGAAGCACGGAAAAGACAUUAGUGAGAACGCUAGAUGUAUUGGAAGACUGAGGACCUCUGUAGAUAGAGCGAAAAGGGCGAUAUCUUUAACUUCAGAAACAAGUAUCGAGAUUGAUUGUCUUUUCGAGGGGAUUGAAAGCCGCUGCGACCUGAUCGUCCAAUACAGUCACACGAGUUGUAUUUUUCUUUGCUGGUAUGGUUGUAUUCCUAGGUAACAUGAUAAAAACAUCACCAGCAUCAUUUCUAAUACUAAGAGAUAAAGGUAUGACAUCAACGAGAACAGUGUUCUUAUUAUGAGUACCAACACCACUUAACGUAGCAGCAUGAACAGCUGCACCAAAGGCAACGGCUUCA